AUGGCGUUCCUCCCGCCCCCAGCCCAACAACUCCUAACCCACACACCCACCCCCUACACCUUCACCUUCACCCCCUUCCUCCAAAAAACCUACCAGCACUCCCUCCCCCCACCCAGCAGCAACCCCCCCUCAGGCGACCAACAACAAUCCCAACCCAACAACAACAACACCGGCGGCUUCGGUUCCCUAGUCUGCAAACACUGGCUCCGCGGCCUCUGCAAAAAGGGCCUAACCUGCGAGUUCCUCCACGAGUACAACCUCCGCAAGAUGCCCGAAUGCAACUUCUUCGUCCGCAACGGCUACUGCUCCAACGGGGACGAGUGCCUCUACCUCCACAUCGACCCCUCUUCCAAACUUCCCCCCUGCCCCCACUACGACCGCGGGUUCUGCCCCUUGGGGCCAAAAUGCGACAAGAGACAUUUAAAGAGAAACAUAUGUCUUUACUACCUCGCGGGGUUCUGCCCGGACGGGAAGCAGUGCAGGCAGGGGGCGCAUCCAAGGUGGACGAGGGAUGAGCUGAUGGAGAAGCCUACUAUGAAGGUGGAGAAGACGGCGGAGGAGCUGGAGCGGGAGGAGCAGGAGAAGGAGAGGCAUAGGGAGCGGGAGAGGGAGAGGGAUAUGGAACGGCGGGCGGAGAGGGAUAGGGAGCGGGGUGGGGAUGGGGAUAGGCAUGAUAGGGGGCAUGACAAGGGGGGGAGGUUUGGG